AUGGCGGCCUCCACCCUCGGUUGUCGAGUCCCCUGCCGGCUCCUGCUAUGGCCGAGAGCCGGCUGGAGCGUUUCUCCAUCGGCAUCUCCUCUUCUUCAGCAACAGCGUGAUGUUCAUUACUCCGUGAUUCCUCAUGGAAAGAGUGGGCGUUCCUCUGUCAGUGGCAUCGUGGCCACUGUCUUUGGGGCCACAGGAUUCUUGGGUCGAUACGUCGUUGGCCGACUGGGACGGAUUGGCUCUCAGGUCAUGAUUCCUUAUCGCUGUGAACCAUACGACAUGACGUAUUUACGGCCAAUGGGUGAUCUUGGACAGCUCCUGUUCACGGAAUGGGACGCACGUGACAAAGAUUCUAUCCGAAGAGCCCUUGAACACAGUAAUGUUGUCAUCAAUCUUGUUGGAAAAGAGUGGGAAACGAGAAACUUCAAAUUUGAAGAUGUCUUCAUUAACAUUCCCAGGGAUAUUGCCAGGCUUUCCAGAGAAGCUGGCGUAGAAAAAUUAAUUCAUGUGUCUCAUCUGAAUGCAGACUUGAGGAGCCCAUCUAAAUACCUUCGGAAUAAAGCUGCUGGGGAAAAGGCUGUGAGGGAAGAAUUUCCAGAUGCUAUCAUCAUGAAGCCUGCUGAAAUGUUUGGAAGAGAGGACAGGUUUUUCAACUACUAUGCAAACAUGCGCUGGUUUGUGGGUGUGCCACUGAUAUCCCUGGGCAAGCGAACAGUGAAACAGCCUAUCUAUGUAGUUGACGUAGCCAAGGCGAUAAUUAAUGCCAUUAAGGAUCCUGAUGCAAAAGGCAAAACCUACGCAUUAGCUGGCCCACAUAGAUAUUUCCUUUACGACUUAGUACGUUAUCUUUAUGCGGUGCUCCACAGAGGUUAUCUCCCAUAUCCGAUGCCUCGGCCUCUAUAUCGCUUAUGUGCAAGAUUCUUUGAGGUAAGCCCCUUCGAGCCAUGGAUAACCAGAGACAAAGUGGAUCGGUUCCAUACCACGGACAUGAGGUUCCCUGAUCUUCCUGGCUUAGAGGACCUGGGCAUCACUGCCACUCCCGUGGAACAAAGAGCAAUAGAAGUCCUGCGCCGCCACCGCACGUUCCGCUGGCUGGAUUCAGAGAUCGAGGAAGCGAAACCAGCCAAGCCCGUUACCAACAUAUAA